AGAUAAUUAAAUGUUAUAUAUGUUCAUCUUCAGAGACUAAUAUUAGUAGAAUAAGGUAUCAUAUAAACUGCAAAGGUAUACAGGUAUCAGCUGUUCGACUUUCGUCUCGAAGUUAAACUGUUCAUCUUAGACUAAUGAACUUUUAGUUUCUUUUUUUAACUUAUCCGGCAUGGCAACGUCGUCAAGACUAUUCAGGUUUGCCUGUAAGAAAUCUGAAUUACGGCUUGAUAUUACUCUACAAUGUGGACAAUCCUUUAGAUGGCGGGAGGUCAACCCAGGGCAGUGGCGAGGCAUGAUAGGGAACCGAGUGUGGACUCUUUCCCAGGAUGAUACUCAUAUCAUUUGCAAUCAACAUCCACUAGAGCAGGACUCCUCCACUCAGCAGGAAGAAAAGACAAAAAGGACAAACUCAAGGAACAAAUCAAGAUCUCGUCCUGCAGCCAGCACAACAAAACCAAGUGAAAGGGAAAAUAACACAGAGACUCUUCUAAGUACUGAAAAGAUAGAAGCACUAAUGAAUAAUUACUUCCAGCUAGAUGUUAGUCUUGAGAAGAUGUAUGCUUUAUGGUCUGAGGCAGACCAGAAUUUUGCAUGUGUGAGUCCGCAGUUCCCAGGAGUACGGAUGCUCAAUCAAGAUCCCGUAGAGAAUGUUUUCUCAUUCAUAUGCUCAUCUAAUAAUAAUAUUCAGAGAAUUACCAUGUUGGUAGACAGACUCUGUAAACUCUAUGGCUCCCCUGUGGCAACAGUGGAUGGAACAACGUGGAAUUCCUUCCCAAGGGUGACCUCCCUGGCCAAAUCAGGGGUCGAAGAGACACUCAGGGAACAUGGCUUUGGCUACAGGGCAAAGUUCAUCAGCAAAUCAGCACAGAUGAUCCUGGAAAAAGGAGGGGAAGAGUGGCUGUUCUCCUUGCGAAAGUUGCCAUACGAGGAGUGCCACGCACAGCUCAUGACUCUGAAUGGCAUUGGAGCUAAAGUAAGUGACUGCAUCUGCCUCAUGUCCAUGGGUCAUCUUGGGGCCAUCCCUGUGGACACACACGUAUUCCAAAUUGCUGCGCGGGAUUACCUCCCACACCUGCGUUCUUGCAAGACAGUCACUGACAAGGUAUAUAAGGAAAUUGCCAACCACUUCCGGCAAAUCUUUGGGGAAUACGCUGGUUGGGCACACUCGGUCCUCUUCAGUGCUGACCUCAAGAAAUUUGACAGUCUUAAGAAUGAUGAAAGUGAAGAGCAAAAUCAGAAGAAGAAGAAGAAAAAGAAAUGAUGGGAAAUAAAGAGUUCCUUGGGAAAGAAUUAUCAACUUGGGAUUUUUAUUCAUAGUAUUUGGGGUGUUUUUCAUGUUGGUUGGUCUCUGAAUGUACAAAGUUCAGCAUACAUCAGUGCAGAUGUUAUGAGAGAGAGGUGUAUAAUUCGUCUCUUGUGUGACUGAUGGAUGGUCUGUCCAUUUGUUGACUUGCUUUUAUAUGGAGGAUGAUAAUGUGUGCUCAGUACCUUUGCAAAUACUCAGGUGAGAAAAAAAAGACAGAUAAUAACUAUUUUAUAGAAAACUAUUUAAUGUUAUUGAAUAUAUUUUAAUUAUCUAUUUAGGGCAGGGCUACUCAACUGUUAUGAGUAAAGGUCCAGUUAGGCAAGUUCCAGUAUAUGCAGAGGUCCAGACAAAUAUUUUACAUGCAAUAAAACCACCAAGCUGAAUACUCCAUAGUGUUCCCAUAUGUCCCCUAACUUACCCUAUAGUCAGUCGAGGAAAUGCACUUUCAGGAAUCUCUCGCCAGGACCUUCAUUUUAUUUAAUUUUACUUUUCUCCUCCUGGAGCCUGGGGUCCUGCUACAGCACUCAAAAGGUCCGGAUUCUGACCGCAAGCCGCCAGUUGAGUAGCCCUGAUUUAGGGAAAUUAUUUUACUUGAGAUGAAUUAUCUUCAAUUAAUAUGGAAAGAUCAGCACUGUGUGUGAUUUCCUAAUUCCAUAUGGACUCUUUGAAAUUAAAUAUUACUAUGUAA